AUGGCAAGCCUCAAGUACGGCCUCAACAUCAAAAAGCCCUCGCAGGCACCUGCGAAGGGGAAGCCAAAGAAACCGCUCUUUGGCGAUGACGAGUCCGACAACGAAGACGCCAAACCCGCUGACAACGUCGAAGAGAUUGGCGUGUUUGACCUCGACAACCCAGCCUCAUCUUCCAGGCCAUCUAAGAAAGAUGCCGGCUCCUCAAAGCCUGCGAAGAAGCCGCAGAUCACGCCCUAUGGUGAUCUCUCCGCGCUGAAAGAGUCACGGAAGAAAGCAGAGGAGGCGGAGACGCUGGACUCCAGCAUUUACGACUACGAUGCUGCCUACGAUGCGCUCCAUGCCAAGGAUGCCGAACGCAAGAAGAAGGAUCGUGAGGAGGCGGCUCUGAGAAAGCCAAAGUACAUGGAAGGCCUGCUCGCUUCUGCUGAGCUGCGCAAGCGCGACCAGCUCCGAGCCAAGGAGAAGCUGUUGCAGCGCGAGCGCGAAGCCGAGGGCGAUGCCUUUGCCGAUAAGGAAAAGUUCGUCACGGAUGCAUACAAGAAGCAGCAGGAGGAGAUGUUGCGCUUGGAAGAAGAGGAGAGGAAGCGGGAGGAGGAAGAGCGUAAGAAGCGCGGCCCUGGUAUGUCUGGCUUCUACCGCAGCAUGAUGAACGACGAGGAGAAGAGACACCAGGAAGCCAUGGCGGCAGCUGAGAAGGCCCAAUCUGGCCAAGUGGAAGCCCCGGCCGAGAAUGAGGAUGAGAAGCAGAAGACCGACGUCGAACUUGCCAAGGAGAUGCAGGAAAAGGGUGUCGAUGUCAUCAUCAACGAUGAAGGCCAGGUUGCGGACAAGCGGCAGCUUCUCACUGCCGGUCUUAACAUUGCGCCGAAGCCCAAGCAGCCGGCUGCAGCACCUGCUUCGGCUUCUCGCCCGGCUCAGUCCCAGCAACAGGCUUACCAAGGCCGCGGGUCGGGCAAGCAAGCCAUGAGAGAACGCCAGACGCGGAUGAUUGAAUCUCAACUCGAGCAAGCUGCGAAGCGUGCAGCCGACCAAGAGGCCGAGGAAAGGGCAAAGCUGGAGCACGCAUCUAAGAGUCGAAAGACUGCAGGCGACAUCAGCAGCGCGAAGGAAAGAUACCUCCAGCGUAAGAGGGAGGCUGCCGCUGCGGCUGGUAAGAAGGAGUGA